AUGGUCAGGCUGCCCCUCCUCCACCCCCUCCCCCUCCCCCUCCUCCUGGGAUGGUUCAACUGCCAUCACCGCCUGGGGCCCAAUCAGUCUACCCACUUCCUCCUCCUCCACCUGGUGCUCCUCACGGUAUGCAGCGCCCACAAGUACACGGACAACAGCAACCUCGAGCAAUGCCUGGUACAUACCCCAGAGACAAUGCAGCGUCCUGCGAUGAGACCUGGUCACCCCGACGUCGGAAUUCCGAACUCAUCGUUUCCGAAGAGCCAGAAGAAGCCCAAGGGUCGCCACGAGGAGCUCUCUUCCGAAUCGGACAGCGAUGAGUGGGAUUCCGAGACUGGCGACUCAGGCUCUGACCGCUUUCGUGUUCACCAUGUUGAGCACGGCGAGUUUGCCCAUAUCGGGAAACCCAAGCGUGGUCGUUCAAGACAGUCGAAGAAGCUUCGACACAACAAGUCGCAUAGCAAGACCAGGAGCCGCAGUAGAAGUCAUGUUCACACUGAGACGCAUCGAAGACGCCGGGACUCAGAUCUCAUCGACCCACCCCCCAUGGGCAGGUAUAGCCCCACGUCAUCAAAGAAUAGCUCUCCUCGGUCUUCCAAACAGCAGCUUCCACCCAUUCAUAUCCACAUGAAUGCACCUGCGGCAGAAAAAUCUACACGCGCUAACGAGCGUGUCCGUCGCAGUGGCCAUAAUGCCUCGUCACCAGACUACCGGAAAGACAAGUUCUCGGCUGAAGCCAUGUCCCGUAGUAACUCCUGGGACCGUAAUAGCGGCACUGCAUCAUUCAAUGACAAUUCAUCCGUGCAAACAGCGGACGACAGCGUCUUCUCCGAGCCCGAACGCCGCGCACACCGAAGUCGCCGGCCGUCAGAUGUCACUGGCGCGCCUACCAACCUCCGCUCCAGAAACCUGCCUCCCAGGCAGGAAAGCUUCGGAGCACCUCAUCCCAGUCAUAUCUACGAGGACUUGGACCGUCGACAGCCAAAUCGCGGCUAUUCGCCGCCAGACGACUACCUGCGCAACCUGCAUCACCGCGACACAUACCGUGAUGAGCAAGGCUACGCCGCGCGACCAGGUUUGGACCGCCGCAAUAGUAUGCAGGUGCCAAUGAGCAAUCCCUUCGACACCGCAUGCUACCCACCGCGCCCCUCACGCGGAUUGUCGUACACGGCAGACAUGCAUGAGCCGGCCAUGUAUUCGCGUCGCGAGCAACCGUAUCUCUCCGACCGACCCACACAGGAGAGUCUGCACCUGGAAGAACUCGCCGAGGCCAUUGAGCACAUCAAAGACAGCCGACGCAAACCGUUGGGCGGGUUUGCGCGUAAGGGCAGCGGCUGGGAUAACAGGCACGAGAGGGUGAUGGGCGGGUAUGAUGGAUACGAUCCUCGCAGGUACUAA